AUGAUGUCUACUGUCCGGAGCACUCUUCGGGGUACUGCUCAGUCCUCAACCGCCGCGAAUACUGCCCCCGUCUACGAAUUCCGCUGCCUCUAUACGCACGACCUCCGCCGGAAGCAAAAACGCUGGCAAGAUGGCUUCCUUAAAUUCCACACCUUCAACAAGCGGGUCAUGGUCUAUGACCAGCCGCGCAAUUACAUCGGGGAUACACACUACAAAGACGGCGACACGCUUUACGAUGGCGAUGAGCUCACUUUGGAGAAUGGUGUUCUCGUGCAGGUCGCUGAACCCGUCGCCACCACCCAGACCGACUUGACCGAGUUAUUACAAAAGAAACCGAAAGAGACACACGAGCGUCCAGUUCCGGCCAGUGCGAGACUGCCCGCUCCAGGUAGUGUCAGGCUGCCGACACCAGGCGUGCGAACCGCGGGCUUGACAGCAAAUGUAGCUCCACGACACAAGCCAUUAAGCCAGCUUCUCGGUACGCCAAAAGGGCCGCAUGGGAGAGCUGUUAUUCCCACGAAGUCACCGUUCGAAGAGAGGCAGGAGAAUUUACAGAAAGCGGACGAGUGGGCUGCCAACGAGAGGGCAGCGAAGAGAAGAAAGGUUGCUGAGGCUGAGCAGGCACGGAGCAUCGUGAGGGAAUCAAGGACACCCGUGCCCAAAGGCCGUGAGAGGCACAUUUUGGGAAGAACGCCGGAGAGGAGGGAAGCGCUUGGCCAGAACACACCUCUUGCGCUGAAGGGAGGAAAUAAACUUCCGGGAGAGCUGAUCGAUCUCACCUCUGAUGUUGAAGAAAUGGAGCCAGGUUCUGACGUAACGAUACCGAACACUCCACCCGGUAUUGAAGGUUUUGAACUCCUAGAAAAGACCGUUGCCGACACAGAAGAACAGCCGGCGGAAGCAGACAGCGUUCCAAAGCACUCGAAGAAGUUGCGUCUCGCAACAGAAGAGCUAGAACAGAGCGGCAGCCUCAAAACGUGGUGGGAAGAGGACCUCAAGGGAACAAGUCUCCUGCCGUUGGGGAAGGAAAUCAACAAGCCCUUGGUAGAACCAAACGUCCUUCGGAGAUUCGCAAGCUACAGAAUGGGCUCACUCAGUCGUUGCCUCUGGCGUCUGAGGAGCAUAUUCCGCCUCCGUUUGAUGAUCUUGAAGAUCAAGAUCAGGGUGCAAUAUUUCCAGAGAGAAGAACGAACACCUCUGCCCCUCAGAAUACGGUCUUACGAGACAAAGGUCCGGUCCAACUACCUGAAAAGCGCGCACCAGCUGCAGAACCCACGUCAAAGCAAAAUAGACCAGGUUUGA